GAAGAUUCUUCCCGAGCUGGAAGCGUUUUGGUGCUUCUACUUGAUGGCCACCACAAUGGGUGCAGUGUGCCUGCGAGUUUGGUACUUCUUUCAGCUGCUCGAAGGCCUGUUCGCAGUUGCGCAAGUUCGCAUGGUGGUCUGCUGUGAGAUAUUCCGAUUGAAAAUUUGUGUCAGCGAUUUUUGAACAAGUGCUGCAAAGGCCAUCAUCAAGCUGGGCUCACUGUUGGCGCUGGGCUUCGGGGAGGCGGGCGUGGAGAUCAUCGGCCAAAAUUUGGACGAUGAGAACGCCACCGUCGACGCCAUGAUACCAGGCUCCAAGGUCGAAGCCAUCUACGGCUGGUGCGACAUUCGCAACUUCGCCGUUGUUACGGAGGUCCUGCAGGGGAAGACGAUGGUGUUCGUGAACCAGGUGGCUGCGAUCGUGCACCGCAUUGUGGACGAGCACCUGGGCGCAGCGAACAAGAACGCGGGACAGGCGUUCCUCAUGGUCUGGCGCCUGGAGCAGCACCUGCCGACGGGCGGGACCGAUGGCCCCGGCUCCGCUUCCUCGAGGGAGAGGAUCUCCGACCUCGCUGUGAUGUCUUUCGUCAGGGUGGUCAUGGAGCUGGCCCGGGACAGCUCGCUGGCCGAGUACCGGACACAUCCGUGGCUGCUCGCAAAGCUGCCCAAGUUUCGCGUGCGGCUGGGCUUCGGGCUCCACCUGGGCUGGUCCAUCGAGGGCGCAAUAGGCUCCGCGUUCAAAAUCGACGCCUCGUACUUGUCCCCUCACGUGAACGUCGCAGUUCAGCUGGAAGAGAUGACCGUGGAGUACGACGUGAAAAUCCUGAUGAGCGAGCCGCUUGUGAGGUCUUGCAACCCGCGCUUCAGCCGCCACUUCCGGCCAGUGGACAGGGUCCAGCUUCCAGGUUCCAAGACCAUCGCCCGUCUGUUUACGGUGGACCUCGACGACACCACCUUGCGGGUGCAGAGAAGACCGCCAGCAACGGGCAGUGCCAGCCGGAGCCAGAGGCGUCAGGACCGCGAGACUGAGAAGCAGAGAAUGCUCGUCGUUGAGCAGGACCGCGAGUUCGAGCGCGACCGCUUUAUAAGGCAGAUGCGACGGCGGCACACCCAGCAGUUCUUCCAGGAGUACGAGAGGGGCUACCUGAACUACGAGGCCGGGGAGUGGGACGUCGCCCGCGAGGCGCUGCAGCGGACCAUGCUACUGCCUCGGAAAGUGGCCGGCCACCUCGAUGGCCAGCCGCACCUGGAUGGCCCUUCUAACGUGCUCCUCACGUACAUGGAGGAGCAUAGCUUCAAGGCUCCUGAGGAUUGGAAGGGCUGGCGCAGGCUUGAUCGAAAGACUGAUACGUUUUACGUUUAGGCGCCUUCUAUUGUGGAGCCCUCACCCCCUCGCCCUGCCCCCUUGCGGCGCGCCGCGUUUCCUGUCACUUCGCCUGUUAUAGGCGCGGCUUGUGCUGCUGCCUUCGGGGCACCGAACACUUGCCACACGGACGGCUCCUGCUGUGAGCACGGCCCUGACUGUCUCACCCAUGUAUCGAGCAUGUGUGCUUCCGGCUUCCUGGUAGCAGACGGCCAUUCCGUCCUUGUCUCCAGGGGGAGCCUCAAGCCAGGCCAGCCUGGAGAAGGGUCGCUCAGGGCCGGGCGGGGCUUCUGCCCUCGAGGGCCCGCCCGGCCAACCCCAGACCCCCUCCUCCUCUGUGGUCUGGGGAAGACUCGCCCUACCUCCGUUCUUCUGGCUCGCUUCUGUCUGACACAGUUGGCGAGCCUGAACCUACGUUGCCCGUCUCACGUCGGACGGCGCCCAAGCGGGCGCUCCUCCGUGCGCCCUUCCUGGGCCCAGAGCCCCUUCCUGGGCCCAGAGUAGUAGAAGUAGAAUAGUAGUAGUAGCCGACACGCCUCGCCUGUUCGCUUCUUGCCCGCCCGUUCUUCCCUUGCUCGCUUCGUUUCCGCUUUCUGUUUCAUUUCUUUAGUGCGGAGGAGGCGGAGGAGGAGGAGGAGGAGUGUGCAGCCACGGAUACAUAGGUGUCGACUCUCCCGUACCGUUUCCUCUUUCAUUGAUGCGCCUUACACCCUUUUGUUUCUCCGUCGUGUUGUCCGACGCGCGGGUGGCUCCCCACUCUCAAUCAUGCACGUUUAGGGUAAGGCUUUUGAAGUCCUGGGCCGUAGCCUUAGCAUUGCUCGUUACACGUGAUGGACCCUGUUACAGGAUACCCUCCUUUUCCAGCUGUCACACUGUUCGUAUCUGGGUCCCCAGCCUGGGUACGACCCCACCCAAAGAGCUAGGCGUUCCGCCUGUUACACUGCAUGUCGACCACAUCCUACGUCAACGGUCCUACUUCUUUCUUC